AUGAACAUUGAUGUGACUCUACACUUAUUGUCUUCAAGAUAUUUUGCUAAACCAGGUCAUUGGCCAGACAGAAGGUGAGCGCAAUCUAAACAAUGCUUAACAGAACAAGAUGUAUUUUAAGACGUUAUGUUGCUACAUUUGUCUGUGUGUCUUUUGUGUAGACAUGUAUCCUGCAAAGAUUCUGGCCCGGCAGAGAACUGUAAGCGAGGGCAGUGAACUUUAUGUAACCUGCAGCAUAUUCGGGCAAAAGAAGUACCCCUCUUUUUAUGUUUAUUUACUGAAAGAUGGACAAGGAUUUCGGAAAUCAAAACACGAGCAAGCUUUGGAUGAUGCUCUUUUCAUAAUAUCUAAUCUUCAUCUUGAUCACAGUGGAAAUUACAGCUGCUUGUACUCCACUACAAAUUACAGCCUUUCUGAUGUAGAAGGGAAAGGAAAGAAUGAAGUUGAGAUUCUGGUUAUAGCCAAUUUCAUCCCAGCAGAGCUCUCCAUAGCUGGACCCUUCACAGUUCAUGAGGGAAGCCACGUUGAGUUCAAAUGCACCUUUUCGGAAACCCUUCACACUCUCAAUAACUGUAAACUCAUCUACUGUUACCUGAAGAAGAAUGAGACCAUCCUCCAAAUACAAGUAUUUAAUCUUGCUCAGAUGGAAGCCUCUUUCAGCAUUGAAGGUGCCGUUUCAAGGGAUUCGGGUCCAUAUAGUUGCCUUUUGCUGCCAUCAAAAUGCUUCCAGAAACAAUGGAAUGAGCUGCAAGGAAUAAAUACGGUGAUUCUGGAGGUUAAAGAGGAUUUGAUCCCAUGGGCGGCUUUGUCUUGUGGAUUUACAGUCCUUAUGUUGCUUUUCAGUCUGUGUCUGGGAUGGUUCGUUUACAAAAAUUGCUUCAAACGUUUGUACAAGCCAUGUGAGCAGCAGAAUACAGAUGUGUUGGCACUGACAGAUGUGGAACCACAAGAGGGAUCAGAAGAAGAGAAUUCUUUCAGCAUGGAGAGCGAAGAAGACAGUUGCUGCAGCACAGCAGCCUCCCCCAAUCCACAGCUGCAUACAGAUGUACUUGGCACAAGUUUUAUACCGAAUGUCCUUCCUGAAGCAACCCACCCUGUUGUCAGCAACAGGGAGUGGGUUUCAAAUGAGGACCAACUUGCAGGGCCACUUGCUGUCGCAUCUGAGCCAUUGACAACCUCAAUAAGAAAUUCACAGUGUUUUGAGACAACAAGGGGCGUCAUCUAUUACUCAAGUGAGAGAAUUUACAGCGUUAUUCCAGAUGAUUCAUCCGCAGGACCAAGUACUUCACGUGUGCUGUACACCACUUCUGUCAUUAAGCAAUAACAGUCUUCAUGAAAGUCACCAGAACAAGACUUCACCUGAAUGUGAUGCAUAAAUCCAUUACAUGCAGGUAUUUUGUUCAUUUCACUUUUGCGCUACUCCAGGACAAUGCAACAGUGUUGACCUGAUAGA